AUGUCUGCCUACGCUGCGGCCCUCUCCAGAGCAACGAAUCUCCUAGUAACGAUUGCUUCCAAAGCAGGCUCGUAUCAGAGCACAGAAUCGAACCUCCCCGCGAUGACUGGCCUUGGAUGGGAAAGGAUCGAGAGUGAAGAAGGAGGUCAGCCCAUGCUCAAGAUCAUAUGGAAACGCGAUCGCUCAGGAGGUGAAACGUUUGAAAAUGUAUACGACACCGACUCGGGCACGAUUCGCGUCAACUCCGUCGUCGAGCCCCUGUGGCCGCCGGGUUCCUCUUCAACGCAUGGCCAACUCGCACUACCACCGUGCCACUGGAGGUCUGAAAUCACCGCUAUGGACUGGAUGAGGUGUACUGGAACCAACCGGCGCUUGAACAAAAGCAUUCGAAGCGUCGAGCUCUUUGGAAUCACCAACAGAGACACCAUCACGGUUAUCAACAUUGUGAUACCAAACUUCAAUCAGGCUGGGAUUCACCCAGGACAAAUCUUCUUCCCGACCGACGGGGAUCACUUCAAGGCUCUACUUGGUACUCCUGAUGCUAUGGCCAUAUUUUUCAUGCUUGCAUUGCACAGGAGACAGCUCGGGAGGAAGGCCAUCGAAAGUAUUCGAGUGUUCUGGAGGCCUCUCACAUCAGCUGCCUCGCCCUCUCAGACUGACUCAUACUGCAUGAUUCUGAGUGUUGCCGAUGCCCCGAAACGUGAGGACGACACGAGCAGCGAGGACGCUUCAAGUAGCCAGGAUGUCUCGAGCGACGAGAUCGAGAUGGGAUAA